AUGAUAACCGAAUCCUUGGUCAAAGAGGUCGGGCAAGGUACUGUAUACAAAGGAAUGCUGAUUGAUGGUAGAAUUGUAGUAGUUAAAAAGUCCAAGACAGUGGAUGAAGGCAACCUUAAACAAUUUAUUAAUGAGGUUGUUAUUUUAUCACAAAUUAACCAUAGGAAUGUGGUUAAGCUGCAUGGGUGUUGUUUGGAGGCAGAAUUUCCCUUACUAUUUUAUGAAUAUAUCCAAAAUGGAACCCUUUACCAGUAUAUCCAUGAGCAAAACGAAGAGUUUCCACUUACCUGGGAUAUUCGUAUUCAGAUUGCUACAGAAUUUUCAAGGGCUCUUGCCUAUCUUCAUUCAGCAGCUUCCUUACCCAUUUAUCAUCGGGACAUCAAAUCCACAAACAUUUUGUUGGAUGAGAAAUUCAGAGCAAAAGUGUCAGAUUUUGGGACUUCAAAAUCAAUUGCCAUUGAUCAAAGUCAUAUGACCACACUAGUACAGGGGACCUUUGGAUACUUGGAUCUGGAGUACUUCCAAUCAAGCCAAUUUACAGAAAAAAAAAAAAUUGCUUAUCCUCGUCUUAUUCGAUUGUUUUAUCUCAACUUUGUUUAUAGUGAGAAUGACCCUUGGGAGUUUAGAACUGUGAUAGAUGGGCAUGAGUUGAUUGUUAAUCCUAGUGCAAUUGUUGUAGCUUUGGAUUUUGCCAAGAGAAAGCACAGUAGUACUACCAAAGCUAAGAUUUCAAAGAGGUUAUGGAUUUUGGAUUCUAUUAUCUCUGCUAAUGUUUAUCCUCUUGGACAUAAGAAUAUUAGGAAUACUGAUUUUCUUCAGGCACUCUAUGCUAUUCAGUUUAAGCAUUGGUAUUCGUUUCCCCGGAUGAUAUUCUGCCAGUUGCUUGAGUUUUGGUCUGAGAUUGGACCGCAUAAGAAUGAAUGGAAUAAGAUUUGGGCACAUAUGCCGGUAAAUCACUGCAAUGUAGUGGAGUUUGGAGAUGAUGGUUAUGUAGCAGUUACUGCUAUAGUUGAGGAUGAAGAUGAUGAUGAGGCCACAGAGGAUGAGAUGGAUACCUCUGAUGGCUAG